CUUUACGACAGUUGUGACAAACCAGAAGAGUUAUUUAUGAAGUCGCUGAUGUUCUCAACCUGAAUGCUGUCGAGAAACCAAAUGGCCUGAGAAACAACAACUGGACGAAUAUCAUACACACCCGCUGAAGGAUAUGGCAAUAACCACGAUGCCAGAAAUAAUAACACAUUCUAUAUAGUUUUCCUUCUCAACGCUAGCUAGCUAGCUAAGCUGCAUUAGCCAAAACCAGCCUUCAUCCUGUGGAGCCACCACAGAGUCCAUGGGAUCAAUAUGUUUUGAACCUAAUUCGAUGUGACAGCCUAACAUUUCUGGGUGCCUUCUUCUGACGCUGACUCCUAGCUGGGCUCCUGUCAUUUGAACACCAUGUGGCUGCAGCAGAGACUGAAGGGGCUCCCGGGCUUGUUGUCCAGCAGCUGGGCGAGGAGGCUCCUCGUCGGGCUGCUGCUCUUCCUCAUUUUCUACUGGUACCUGGGAGCGGAGCGCAGGUGGAGCUUCUUCAGCGGCUCGGCCAUGCCCGGCGGGGCGGCCGGACAGUGCCUCCUGGCCGAGAUCCACAGGUGGAAGUCCCUGGUGGAGCGGGGAGAGGGGAUCUACAGCACACCUCAGGAACAGCUGGAUACUCCUUUUGUGUCAGGUAACGGCCACAUUCUCCUUGACAUUGACUCUAACAAGCUGUGGGUGGCGCUGUCCUCCCAGCCCGGCUCGGCUCCGGUCCACCAGACUGAAUACUCUCCCAGAGUCAACGUGCAUCUGGAGGGGAACCGGGCCGAGGUGCAGGCCACCAUGCUGUGGUUCCGGAAAGGAGCCGUGCUGUCGGUCCGCUGUGCCUCACCAACAGAAUCGCAGUCAGCCCGGGACUGCGUCUCCAUCAGGGAGGAGUUCAUCGCGCACAGGAGCAGACCCAACGUCUUUCUGCAGCGAAUCCACAUCAACAACCCAUCUGACAGGACCGUGUCUCUGGACGUUUCCUCUGACAACCUGCCCUCCGGUAGCAAGUUCUCCACCAGUGUGGAGAAACUGGAGGACAGAGAGAUCAUGCUCUCCUCCGGCAGGGUGCCUGUGGAGAACAACCGCAUGGUGCUGGUGGUGGUGGUCACCAAGAAGCUGAGCAGCAGGAUCCAGGUCCCCGCUAAGGUAGAGCACACGGAGAACAUCUUGUCUGUGGUUUGGACCUCGGAGCCGAUCGAGACGUCCAAGCUGGAGGAGACCUUCAGCGCCCUCAGAGAGGGAGCCAAGAAGGAGCUGGGGGAGCUGCUGAGGGCCAGCCUGGAGGAGCUGGUGGUGGAUCACCAGCAGGCCUGGAUGGACCUCUUCAUCUCAGGUGUUGAAAUGAGGAAGAUCACAGACUCCCACACCCCGUCGAGCCGCACGGUGAACACCACCCUGUACUACAUCCUGUCCUCCUCCCCGGCCCCCCUCCUGGACCGCAGGCUGAGCGGAGAGGAGCGCGUCCGCCUGGAGUCCAGCCUAAACUACGCCGACCACUGCUUCAGCGGCCACGCCACCAUGCACGCAGAGAACCUGUGGCCGGAGAGGGUGAGCAGCGCGGCGCAGAUCCUGCAGCUGGUCACGCUGUGGACCCUCACGCUGCAGAAGAGGGGCUGCAAGGUGCUGGUGGCGGCCGGGGCCCACGGCAACAUGCAGGCCAUGGCGCUCAGCUUCGGGGGCCUCCAGUUCACAGAGAACCACCUCCAGUUCCAGGCCGACCCCGACGUGCUGCACAACAGCUACGCCCUGAGGGGGAUCCACUACAACCAGGACCUGAUCAGCCUGGCAGUGCUGCUGGACACCGAGGGGAAGCCCUUCCUCCACGUGUCGGUGAAGCAGCAGGAGCAGCCGGUGAAGCUGUACGCCUGUGAGGCCGGCUGCCUCAACGAGCCGGUGGAGCUGACCUCCGAGGUCAAAGGUCACACCUUCCCCGUGAUGGUGACGCAGCCCAUCACCCCCCUGCUGUACAUCUCCACAGACCUGCGCCAUCUGCAGGACCUCCGCCACACCCUGCACCUCAAGGCCAUCCUGGCCCACGAGGAGCACAUGGCCAACAGGUACCCCGGCCUGCCCUUCCUCUUCUGGUUCAGCGUGGCCUCGCUCAUAACGCUCUUCCACCUCUUCCUCUUCAAGCUCAUAUACAACGAGUACUGUGGGCCGGGAGCCAAGCCCCUCUUCAGGAGCAAGCAGGUGGCCAACAGGACUGAGGAAGUCUGCUCUGACACCAAGAGUGCUGUUUGAAGUGCAGUCCAGUGUCUGUGCUUCCCCUGUGGCAGCAUGCCAGAUAAUAACAUGGUGUGCUGCCUGGCGCUCUGUCACAUCAUUUGCUCUUCCUGGUGUAAGUCAGGUAAAGACUCCUAACAACAGAGAGGUCUCUCCUAAGUGAUCUGCUGUGAGGCGUGCAGGGUAAAACUGGCACCUACAUAACAUUCAAUGAUCUGCUCCUUAUUUCUUUUCAAUAACAGUUUACAAAAUCACCCAAAAAUGCCCAACACAAGUACGCAUUUAAAUGCUUUUUUGGCCGAACUACAGUCCAAAACAGCACAUUUAAGGGACAGUAACUAGACAGGGUUUUGCAUAUGGAAACUGUUGGCAUAAAUAAUUCAUAGAUGAUAACAAAGCAGCAUUAAAGAUAAUAUUUGUACAGCAAGUCUAUUUAAAGAUGUGACUGCAUUCCUCACCCAUCAACCCAUGUGGUUUAUCCUUUUAAAGCCAGUGAUUACUUCUUUGACAUCAUCAGAUUCCAGAUGGAUGCAUGAGAAGCAGAGAUAUGGGAGAGUUGUGUUGUUAGCAGCUGCUGCAAGUGAGGCAAUCAUACAUCACUCCACAUUGUCCUUAGCCAGUCAAACAACCAAGCAACACUGGCUCAAGGGAAACCACUAGAGGUUUGUACCACUGAUGGGACAACUGAUAUGCUUCUGGGUAACACCAAACAACAAACUCAUCUGAAAUUCUCAAUUCAUACACAAAGCUUUAAAAGUGCACAAUAUGGCUAGAACUUUAAGAAACAUGAUCUUCCUCCUCUUCAGUGUGCUGCUGUGUGUAACACUUGUUUCUAAAUCCUGUAACAUGUUCUUUAAACUGAUCUCAUACCUGUCAGCCAUGUCACAUCGUUCGUCAAUUGACUUUUGUCCUACUGCUGCAGUCAUCAAGAACAUCGGCCAUGUUUUGAAGGAGACCUGGUUUGUCACAGCUUUUGGUAUCACGUUUUGAAGUUAGUUUCUUUCGGCUACAUUGUACACACCAAAGUCCUUCUUAGACAUACCAAUAGUGCCAGAUCAUUCACAGUUUGACUGUUGAAGAAACUCAAGCUAAUCAGCAAGUUCUCCAAUAUUAUCAAACAUACUAAAGAGAAAAUAAAAGUAGUAAAAUGUUUGGGAUUCUUAGUGAUCCCCCAAAAAAGGCUGCUCUUCUGUUGUUUUGCUUAAAUCUAGCAUUAAUGGCUGCUCUUGGGUGUUAUUGUUCCUUUGGGCUCUGAGAUUCUUAUUUGAGACACCCAGUGUAUUUGAUUAUACAAUAUAGUUCUAAACCAAGACCUUUUUUAAAUACCAAUAAGACUCAAAUAACGUUAGCGACUGUUCACAAGUCGAUGGGGAUUAUUGACAUGUCAGUGUUUAUGAUUUACACAUUUUCUGAUUCAAGUUUUUCCUUUUAAGUGUGUGGGUUUUAUCCAGUGUCUUUAUUUCAUGUGAACUACUGAGUGUGUUUGAAUUCAUUAAUUUAAUAAGCCAUUUAAUGGCUAUAAGCACAAUUUCAAUGGUCGUGUGAAAUUUAAGCAAAAUAUAUUUAAGAUGAUUUUACGUUGGGGAGAAUAAAUCAGUGGAUGAAUGUGAAAACAAUAAAUAAUUGUUCAAAAUCA